GGACCGUCGCGUCGUACGCACGUCCCCGCGUUCCGUCAUCGAAUCAGUAAAAAUUCGCUCUUCGGAUGCCCGCACUAUUCUCGUAUCGGUGACAGAAAAUGUAUAUUUAGACAAUUUAUUUGUGAAGGAUAAAUUAAUACCGAGUGUGACAGUGUAGAUCCGAUUUUUUUUGAGUGUCCAGUGCUGUGAAUGUGGUGAAGAUAUAUUUUUUUUUGUAUGUGAUUUUCCCCGAGAUUUUUUUUUGCGAGACAAAGAUUAAAAGGGUCGUGUCGGAGAUAAGGGUCUUAUUAAUAAAAGAUUGUACGCACUUUGCUGGAUUUUGGCAGAGACGCACGAAAGAACAACGAUGACCUAAACGGAACGAACGGGCAAACUUCAACAAACAAUGAAUAAAUGAGAACGAUCGAAGAUGCGCAAUGAAAUUUCGAUACAAAAGUUUCAAGAGGUGACGCUGAAGAAGAAAAUGUAUGAAAACAUUUCAUUGAAAUUGAAAUGUCUUAUGUUAAAGAGUUUGUAAAUUCUAAAUAAUAAUGUGCAGAUUUAAAGAGACAUUGAAGUACGCCGCGUUUGUUGGCGGUCGGAUUGUCAGUGAAACGGAGAUAGAACGAGCGAGAUAAAGGCCACCCCAUAUGGAUCGCGAAAAUUUAACCCACCACGCGGCACUGAACGCCACGGUCAACGCGACUGGGAACAGCACAGUCGCGGAGGCCGAAGAUGACGACCUGACACAGAGCAUAUUCUUCAAGCUGAGGAUGUCAGUGCUCCUGCUGAUUGUGAUCAUGGCAGUGCUUGGGAACAUGCUGGUCAUCGUCAGUGUUAUGAGGCACAGAAAACUACGAGUCAUAACCAACUACUUCGUCGUGUCCCUUGCGUUCGCUGACAUCCUCGUCGCUAUGGUGGUGAUGCCGUUCAACUUUAGCGUCCAAUUCUACAACAGCUGGCUAUUUGGACCCACAAUUUGCGAUCUAUGGAACUCCUCGGAUGUCUACUUCACAUCGACGUCGAUAUUACAUCUGUGUUGCAUAUCUGUGGAUAGAUACUACGCUAUUGUCAAACCGUUGAAGUAUCCUAUUAAGAUGACGAAAAAGAUGGCAUUCGUCAUGUUAGCAGCAACAUGGUUAAGUCCAAUCACGAUAUCCUACGUCCCAAUCUUCAUGGGCUGGUAUACCACCAGCGAUCACUUGAAAGUGCAAAGAGCUGACGAGUGCGAGUUCAUAGUAAACAAACCCUACGCGGUAAUAUCCAGUUCAAUCUCGUUCUGGAUACCCUGCACCAUAAUGUUGUUCACAUACUAUGCAAUAUUCAGGGAAGCGAAUCGACAAGAGAAGAAUUUGCACGCACGAGCUGGCAACGCAAUGCUAAUGCACAGACAUUCUCGUGAAGUAGGUGAUAAGAAUGGCGCCUUACACAUAAACGCUACUACUCCAACGAAGGAUAGAAAUAUCCUCAAAAUGAAGAGGGAACACAAGGCAGCGAGAACCUUGGGCAUUAUCAUGGGUGCCUUCAUUCUCUGCUGGCUUCCAUUCUUCCUCUUCUACGUAUCAACGUCAUUAUGUGACUCUUGUAGAUGCCCUGAAGUGGUGACAGUGAUCAUGUUCUGGACUGGAUACUUCAAUUCAGCUCUGAACCCGAUAAUUUACGCGUAUUUCAAUAGAGACUUUCGUAAUGCGUUCAAGAAUACUCUUGCGUGUGCGUUCUGUAGUUUCUGUAAGAGAAGUGCUUCGGAUCUUGAUGCUUUAGAACGGUUAGAUAGACGUGGUUCUGCUCAAUUAAGAGUGCCAGUACCUUCUAGAAGGACUUCGGAUCUAGCAUCACUUUGAAUAUCGCCAAAGUGCGAAGUGACAGCGGUUUGAGAGGCCUAGCGAAGUCUCAACGAAAUAUUUAAGGACAUAUGUGUACUUAUUUCCAAAGUUGAUGUGAUUUUUUUUAGAAUCGUCGUGGUACAUUUUAAUGUUGUAUAGAAAAACAAUACGUAUGUGUCGUUUAUAGGGACUAUUGAUAGAUUUUGUUCGAAAAUGAAUUAAUGAGUCUCGUUUUUAGAGGUUUAGAAUAAUUAUUAUAUAGAUGGGGACUUCUUAAUUCAUUUUUGAGUGUUAAAUAUUUAGGUAGACUAUUGUAAUUUAAUGACUCUGAUAAUUCUUUGUGAUUAUCGAUUUGAACCAAAGAACUUUAUUUUUCUACUUCGAAAAUAUUUGGGAUCUGUCUUUUCUAGCACAAAUGGAUGUGUUUCCUUUAUCAUUUCUAUUAGAAACGUAUAUUUUAUACCAUUUCACUUCUCAUUCACUUUGUAUAAGUUUUAAAAUUAAAUUAACUUAAACACAAAAUAAUAAGUGUGUAAAUCAAACUAAAAUGUCAUUAUUAACUAUAUAACAUAACCAAAUAAAUCAUGGAUUAGAAUAAAUGUGUAAAAUAGCAAUAUCAAAAUAUUAAUUCAUCUAAAAUGCAUAAUACGAAAUAAUAAUAAUAUAACCGAGUUGUAAAUAUUUAUUAAAAUAAUGAAAUGAAAUACGAAUAUAAAAUAAUGAAUUAAUAAAGAUUUCACCUAUGACGUAGAAUCUGAGUGUUGUACUAAUAAAUGUUUUUAUUUUAUCGCUUACCGUAAUAUCGGGGUUCUUUUACCCUAGGGGGUAACCUUAACCCAAACUUUUAGACCAAUGAAAAUCUAAUAUACGCUUUAUUCUGGAUAUCUAUUGGGUAUAGAAUUUGGGUCAAAGUAACCCCCGCAGGUUAAAAAAACUCGACCUUCCUAAUAUUUAAUUUGAUAGUGACAUACUAAUAUUAACAUUUAUUUUUCUCUACAUUUUUCUUUUCCUUUCAUAUACGUAUCCAAAGUGUUGUAUAAUAGAAUCAUUCCAUAGUAGAACAUUUUGAAGUCAUUCUGAUAUAAUGAUAAUAUAAUAAUUAUAAAGUAAAGUAGGCUGUUUUAUAUUAACGGGCCUAAGUAUAAGAUUAAACUAUUUAAUGAGGCCAAAGUCUUGUAAAUAUGUAGAAUCUAGGAAUAAAAUAAAUUAUUAUAGAAUAAAAUAAUAGUCUGUAGAUAAUAAAAAUAACUAUUAAAGUAUUUGUAACAAAAAUUGUAAUAGAAAAUGGCUAUUUAUUGACUUUAAUACAUAAAUACGUAUAGAAAAUUGUGUAAUUGGAUUUUGUAACAAAAAUGUAACUCAUUUUUAAAUGAAUGUGUCUACGCUAGUUAACAAUAAGUAGCAUAAAUUGUACUAAUAAGUCAAUAAAUAAAUAAAUAAUUGUUUGCCUUCAUUUUUAUUGGAUAAAAUCAUUAUUAUUGUUAUUAUUUUUGCUUAAAAUGUUUAUUAAAAAUAAGUAUUAUUUAAAUGAAUUUAAUUGUAAUAGAAUACGUAAUUUAAUUUUGUAACAAAAUAUAUCUAGACGUUUUUUGUAAAUAGCUAUUUUAUAAAUUAAUAUAGAAUUGUAGAUAUAUAGUUUAGUUAUAAUAAUAGGUAUAUCAGUCACUUAGUAAUUAAUAUUACGAUUUUAUUUAAAUUAAAAUAGGAAGAUACUAUAAUGGGGACAAAUAACGCUUCAAUAGAGAAAAAAAAAGGAUUUUUAAAAUAAUGAUUAUUGAUGUGCUACGAUAAAAUACCAAAUCUAUUAGAUUUGAUGUUUGUAACUUGUCAGUGUUGUGUCAAAACUCAUCGUUUUAAAUAUUAUAAUAGUUGUAUGGAAUUACUAACUUGACUAAUAAUCGCACUAUCCGCUUUUCAGUACUUUAGACUUUAUCAAAUACUUCCAAAAAAUUUUGUAGAACAAUAAAAAAUCUGUAAUACGAGUAUAUAUUGUGUAACAUAAAUUAAUAGAUAUUUAUUGUAACAAUAUUAACUGGAAAAUAAUUUUAUU